UCCCCCUCUCUCCCCCACCUUCCCGGAACUCUCUUCUGCUCUGCCCUUAAAUCAUUUUCUUUACCUUAAACGGCGAGGGAUAAAAGCCCGAGAUUCCAUUGUCAAAUAUAAAUCUUGGCUCACUAUAUCUGAAUUAAAACCUUUUUGAUUUAUUUGUCUUUUCUGUUUUCCUUUUUAUGGCUGCAUUGAAUCUUCGUCAAAUAUUCGAAGUCUGAGCGACACGGCAAGAAUUUAGGCUUUUUUUCAUUUCAUACGUUGGGAUACUUGGAUUCCUACGAGCAAAAGUGAAGAUUCGUGCACGAGGCGGAAACCAUUUCUCAUAUUAUCAUUUUUCGACUUCCAAGCACCGGGCGUUGGAGAUAAAGCGAUUAAUCGCAUUGCGUAGGAUUUUUAGGUGAAUUAAUGGCCGUGGCUUUUACCAAUCUUUCAUGGUGGCUGUGGAGUGGGAAGCAUCAAGAGCCUAGUAUCUCCAAUAAAUCUUCUAUAAAUUCUUCAUCUGAGUCGACUACGUGGGAAUCCGAUGCUCUGAAAUUUCCUUUGGUUAAACGAGACAAUAUAGCCUCCUCAUCGAGAAGGGUGAAGCGGAAGUGGCAUAGUCGGGAAGAGCGGAAGAUCGAUAGGGAAUAUGAUGUUGUUCUUGUCCCAUCUGAUGGGGGGUGUGUUUCAGUUACAGAGUCUGAUGAUUCAGAUUGGUCAAUCGGAUGGUUGGAGCCUCUUGGCCCUGGGUUCCAGAGCGAUGAUGAUCCUGACGACAGUUUUGCCGUGCUGGUUCCAUGCUAUGGGCACGGUUACAAUGAUCUGGUGGAGCAUUCAAAGAACAAUAUUUUGAGCACUGUUGGCAACAUCCCUUAUAAUUAUUCAGAUGAGAUCGAGAAAUAUAUGGAACAGUGGCUCUCUUCUCUUCAAAGCCACUAACUUCCAAGGACUGCUGGUGAUCAACUAUUGGUGCUUAUGAUGCUGCUUCUGUCAUGAGUUGUAAAUUUUAUGUACAGUUGAAGAUGCAAAAAAUUAAAAGGAAAAGAAGUUAAAAAAAAGGAAAGAGAUAUGUGCAUAGUUUGAUGAUGUUACUAGUAGAACAAGGAUUUGCUGAUGUCAGGUCCAACCUGAUAUAAUUCCAAAGAGCAGCAAUGGCGAAGGAUGAGGGAUGGGUGUAGCUCUCAGUGCUGGGAGAGAACUUCCUUUUUCACAGCUUCUAUCCGGUUUGACCGCAAAGGACUGAGCUGCCGCCUUCUUACCUGCUGCUUUGCCAUCCGAGUUUAGCAUGUAUAUAAAAGUGUGAUGUAAUGAAUUCUUAGACAGAAAAAAAGAAGAAAAAAAAAAAAGAAAAAAGAAAAGCAACCAGAAAAAAAAUGGUGUGUGUUGGAUAGAAAGUUAAGGUGGUGAAGGAAAAAGCGUGUAGUAGGAGUGCGUGCCCAUAAUUCUUUGAUGUAUAUAUAGAAAGGAGGCAUUUGUUAGAUGUUAAUGUGACUGUUGAAUGUUGAUCGUA